AUGAUAUAUCCUGCUCAAUUGAGGGUUUCCGCCCUUUCUCAGCCUUUGGCAAGGCUUCAUAUUGCUCAAAAGAGUUUUGCUCCGGUUUUUGUUCGGGGAAAAGGACUCUCAGCCAUUCACCGGGGUAUUCGUAGGGAAUUUGGUAGAACAGAACCUGGCGCACCCAAUCCCUCCUCCUUCGACAGACCUACUCGAUCACCCAGGCGUGAAACGUCUUCCAUCCGUCGUGAAGCACCCCCUACCCGUCGAGAUCCCUUUGCGGACAAAUUUAGUGCGAGAGCCGUCGAUCGUGGUGCACAAUCCAACACACGAAACUGGCGUCAAGAACAGAAUCUAAGGAAGAAAUUGAGAAAGAAGGAUGAGGAAAAGACUGCCCAAGAGGAGAGGGAAGUAGAUGGUACCGCCCGCCGAACGAGGAGAAAGCGAUUUGCGGACCCUGAAAACGAAUUUGGGAGUCGAAGUUUGGUGCAUCGAAUGAAGUAUGGCGACCUCAAAGAGGUGGCCGAUAAACUGCGAGUGAAGCAACCCAUUCAGCCACGGUCUUUCCGGCAAGCUUCAAGAGAUCGUGCACUUGAGUUUGGGGAACUGGACGGGACUUCACGAAACGAACGACGACCUGAGCGAUCACAACAGCAGUCUGAUCGCCCAGAGCAAAAGUCCGAUCGUCCAGAGCGUCAGUUCGAACGUUCAGACAGACGACCUGACCGAUCUCAGCAGCAAUCUGAUCGUUCAGAGCAGAAGUUUGAUCGCUCGGAUCGUCCAUUUGGCCGUUCAGACCGUUCAGAUAGACGACCUGAUCGGCCACAGCAACAAUUUGAUCGCUCAGACCGUCAAUCCGACCGUCCGGAUCGUCAGUUCGAUCAUUCAGAUAAACGACCUGACCGAUGGUCUGACAAACCGCCCCAAAGGUUCGAUAACUCCGAUCGCAGUGCCCCUCGGCGGGACAAUACUCGGAACGAUCGAUGGAAUAGCCCGGACGAAGAUUCCAGCGAUGUAUAUGCUGUUGAGCGUGCACAGAGAAAUGGAAUGAUGGCCAUGACUAUCAAAUACACGACCGCCGCUUCCCAGUUUCUUUAUGGUCGAUCGGUAGUCAAAGCAGCCUUGGAGCAGAACCGACGAAAAUUAUACAACUUGUACAUCUAUGGUGGCGAAAACAGAAUGGACAACAAGGACAACACAAUUAUGACCCGGAUGGCAGAGAAGCAUGGAGUACCUAUCACGAUCGUGCCUACUCACGAGCAAAGAAUUAUGGAUAAGAUGAGCAUGGGACGACCUCAUAACGGCUUCGUUCUUGAAGCCUCCCCUCUACCCCAAUUACCUAUCAAGUCGCUCGGCAAAUUAGAGGAGAGCUCUGGACGUCUUGGGUUCCACGUCGACCUUGACUAUCAGACCAGAGAGGAGGCAGCGGUCAACGGUACAGACACGUUUACCCGACGAUCCAACGAUGUAACACCCAAGCCAUUCGUCCUUUUGCUGAAUGAGAUUAUGGACCCCGGUAACUUGGGAGGCAUCAUCCGUACUGCUAGUUAUCUUGGUGUAGACGCUGUCUGCAUCACCAACCGAGGUUCAUCUACACUCACCCCAGUCGUUCUCAAAUCUGCUGUUGGUGCAGUGGAGGAGAUUUCGUUGUUCACGGUUGACGAUCCUGUGAAAUUCGUCGAAGAAUCUGGCAAAGCUGGUUGGAAGACUUAUGCCGCAGUGGCACCGCCUGACCGAAAGUUAGUUCGAAGACAUGGUGACAAGUUCAUCUCUUUGGACUCCAUUGAGUCGACGAGUCCACUAAACGAGCACCCUUGUCUGCUGGUUCUUGGCAAUGAGGGCCAUGGUCUAUCGAAGCCUGUCAAGGUCGCUUCUGACUAUGAACUAUCAGUUCCUCGAUUCGUUCAGGGAAGCUGCGUCGACAGUUUGAACGUCAGUGUCGCGGCUGGACUCUUGUGUCAUGCUUUCUUCAAGGAACCAGUGGUCGAGGUCCAGUACGAGAAAAUCGAGCAAAAGCCUGAGGUUAAGGCUGUCGAGUCUGUUGAAGUGGAGAGCAUAACUGCUGCUGUAGAGACCGAGACACAUCCUGCUGAGGAAGCCCAGAUUGAGUCUGCUACUGUCGCAGAGCAAUCUGAGACGAUAACGGAAGAGACCGAAGUUGCUACCAAGGAGGAAGAGACAAACUCUGAAGAAAAGGAUAAGAAGGUUGAGGAAUCUAACGAACAGAUGUUUUAA